GCUGGAUAUAUUCAUCUCCUAUGCUUUCCUCUGUUUCAGAACGUUUGCUGAGUGCUUGAGGAAGGACUCCCGGUCGUCUGUCAAAGCCAAGACACGAUGUCUCAGUCCAAGGGCACAGUGGUUCUUGCCUACAGCGGUGGCUUGGACACCUCCUGCAUCCUGGUGUGGCUGAAGGAGCAAGGCUAUGAUGUCAUCGCGUAUCUGGCUAACAUUGGGCAAAAUGAGAACUUUGAAGAGGCGAGAAAGAAGGCCGUAGCUCUGGGAGCCAGAAAGGUUUACAUCGAAGAUGUCAGCAGGGAGUUCGUGGAGGAGUUCAUCUGGCCAGCAGUCCAAGCCAACGCCCUGUAUGAGGACAGGUAUCUCCUGGGCACCUCGCUGGCUAGGCCUUGCAUCGCCCGGAAGCAGGUGGAAAUCGCCCAGAAGGAGGGAGCCCAGUUUGUUUCCCAUGGAGCCACUGGGAAGGGGAAUGACCAGAUUCGAUUUGAGCUCACCUGUUACGCCCUGUGCCCUCAGAUAAAGAUCAUCGCCCCCUGGAGGAUGCCGGAGUUCUACACUCGCUUCCGCGGACGCAACGACUUGAUGGACUAUGCCAAGAAACAUGGCAUCCCAGUUCCGGUCACUCCCAAGAGCCCCUGGAGCAUGGAUGAAAACCUCAUGCAUAUCAGCUACGAGGCCGGGAUCCUGGAGAACCCCAAGAAUCAGGCACCUCCAGGCCUCUAUACUAAGACCAAAGACCCUGCCACCUCUCCAGAUACCCCAGACAUCCUAGAGAUUGAAUUCAAGAAGGGUGUCCCGGUGAAGGUCACAAACAUGAAAGAUGGGGUAACUCACCAGUCCUCUCUGGAGCUGUUUGUUUACCUGAAUGAAAUUGCAGGCAAGCACGGCGUGGGGCGCAUAGACAUUGUGGAGAAUCGGUUCAUCGGCAUGAAGUCCAGAGGUAUCUACGAGACCCCAGCGGGGACGAUCCUGUACCACGCUCAUUUAGAUAUUGAGGCCUUCACCAUGGACCGGGAGGUGCGGAAAAUCAAGCAGGGACUCGCCUUGAAAUUCUCAGAGUUGGUGUACAAUGGUUUCUGGUACAGCCCGGAGUGCGACUACACCCGCCACUGCAUCAGCAAAUCCCAGGAGCUGGUGGAAGGGAAGGUGCGUCUGUCUGCUUUGAAGGGCCAGGUCUAUAUCCUGGGCAGAGAGUCCCCACGGUCCCUGUACAACGAGGAGCUUGUGAGCAUGAACGUACAAGGUGACUAUGAACCUGCCGAUGCUACUGGAUUCAUCAACAUCAACUCCCUGAGGCUAAAGGAAUAUCAUCGUCUUCAGAGCAAGGUCGCUGCAAAGCAGAGUGAAUAGCAAUCAAUAGCACACGGAGCUCUCACUCCCCUUUUUAAUUUUUCCAAGCGCUAGCACUAAUUGUGUUGGUAAUUUAUAAUUGUAACUCGUCUCCCAGAGUCGAUGUGGAGGUGAUGGCUUUGUUACAGGCUUCCGCAGCAAGUGAAAUGGAAUAAAUAAAAAGGGGUCAGCCAGGAGAGGAGGGAGAAAAGAAAUUAAAACAACCCAGCUUUUUGUUUCUUUA